AUGCAACCGUCUAAUUCCGACUCCAAUCUGGGUGAGCUCGAUGUCCUAAUCGUCGGUGCUGGUUUUGGCGGAAUUUACACACUUCAUCUGCUGCGGCAGCUCGGACGCUCGGUUAAGCUCUUCGAAGCUGGGAGUGGAUUUGGUGGAAUAUGGUACUGGAAUUGCUAUCCCGGUGCACGAGUGGAUUCGAAUGUGCCUCUCUAUGAGCUAUCUAUAGAGGAAUUGUGGAAGGACUGGACUUGGACGGAGAAGUUUCCUGGCUGGGCUGAGCUUAGGGAGUAUUUCUAUUAUGUCGAUUCAAAGCUGAACUUGAAAAAGGAUAUCCGUUUCGAUACCCGUGUUGUCUCUGCUCACUACGAUGCCAACACCGACCGAUGGGACGUGAAAGCGGAAGAUGGGACCGUCGCUCGUCCUCGAUUUCUGGUUCUCUGCACAGGCUUUGCUGCAAAGAAAUACAUCCCGCCGCUUACGGGGCUCGAAACCUUCCAGGGCGUUUGCCACCACACUUCGGCGUGGCCGCAAGAAGGUGUACCGCUAGAAGGGAAAAGGGUGGCGGUGAUUGGUACCGGCGCAACUGGAGUCCAGGUUAUUCAGGAGCUAGGACCGACUGUAGGGCACCUCACGGUUUUCCAACGCACCCCGAAUUUUGCGUUGCCCAUGGUUCAGUCUAAAUUAGACAGAGACCACCAACAGAAGAGGAAAGCCUUGUAUCCGACCAUAUACAGAAGGCGGCGACAAACUAUAUCUGGAUACGAUUUCAACCCUUAUCCUCGCGAUCUCUUCAGUGUCUCACGGGAAGAACGUCGUCUUUUCAUGGAAGACCUUUGGAGCCGGGGUGGUUUUCAUUUCAUAGUUUCAACCUACCAAGACAUCCUAUCAAAUGAAGACGCCAACAGGGAAGCCUACAACUUCUGGAAAGAGAAAGCGCGGGAACGAUUACACGACCCUGACGUGCAAGAGACCCUUGCACCUACCGUUCCUCCUCACCCUUUUGGUGCCAAACGAGUGUGCCUCGAACAAACGUAUUAUGAAGUCUACAAUCAGUCAAAUGUGGAACUUGUCAGCCUCGAGAAGAAUCCUAUUGCUGAAAUCACGUCGGACGCUAUAAUCACUGGCGACGGUGUUCGACACGAAGUCGACGUCAUCGUUCUUGCCACCGGAUUCGACAGCGUUACUGGUGGAAUCACGCAGAUCGACAUUCGGGGGGUUGAUGGUACGACGAUCAAAGACAAGUGGGCGAAUGGGGUGUAUACAAAUCUGGGGAUGAUGACGGGGAACUUCCCGAACAUGUUCUUCCUGUAUGGUCCUCAAGCUCCUACUGCGUUCAGUAACGGACCGACAUGCAUUGAGGUACAAGGAGAUUGGAUCGCAGCGUGCAUAAAACACAUGUUGGCCAAUCAUCUUACGCGUAUCGAGCCAACUCGGGAGGCGGAGGAAGAAUGGCGAAAUUUGGUAAUGAACAAUUCAAGCAAAGCCCUGUUUCAUAAGGCGAAAUCCUGGUACAUGGGUGCCAAUAUCCCAGGGAAGCCGAUCGAACAACUGAACUUUGUCGGCGGUAUUGCCCUAUAUGACAGUCUUUGCCAGUCCAAGGCUGCGAAAGGUUAUGAAGGGUUCAUACUGUCGAGCAUUGACAAAACGAGUGUAGCAAGGGUAAAUGGGGUGUAA